AGCGCAUCAUCGUCAGUUCGCCAUCAACGUCAGACCAUCCGCCGCCCUCCCCCAUCCACCAUCUGAAAAUUCCCUCUGCGAGCCAUCCACGACCGCACCAUCGCGACGCGCCAUUGACGGUCUAGUUUGGAUCGAGCGUGCACGCCUCAGCCUUGCCCAAGGUUACGAAUUGAAAGAGACGAUCAAGACGGGAACCAUAACUGUGCGGGGGCCCUGAUUUUUUUCGUCAUGGACCUUCACGGCGGAUGCGCGUGCGGCAGAAACGUCUUCGUCGUGGAGAUACCAGAGACGUCGGACCAGCAGGCUCGCAUCUUCUUUGACAACAGCAGCAGCAGUCGUGAGUAUUUGGCCAAAUCCUCCCCUCGCCGUGCCCCCGUCUUCUCAACCUGUUUGCACCCUCACGGUCGGGUCUGUGUGUGCUUUCUUUCCACGAACGACUGGAUCGGCCCAACGCCGCCGGGCUUGUCGUGACUGCGCAGUGCCGCUCGAGCUUGGUUCGCACAGGGCCGGCUAUGAAACCCAGCCUGUCAUUCUUUCUUUGCGGCUCCUUUCGCACGUGUCGACCCAAGGUUGGGCGUGGUCAGGGCACAGGUGGGGUACGAUGGACAGACGGACAGGCAGAAAGAUAGGCAGACAGACAGACAGACAGGCAGGUAGAAAGAUAGGCACACACACACGGACGGACAAGACAGGUAGACAUCUAGCCUCGCCCUUCACGGCAUGGCUUCACGUGCCAUUCGCUUGGUUCCAUAGCACGACCUUCGCCUUCUUCCCAGACGAGACGCACCGCAGCAUCCGGCGCACAUUCGUCUCGCCGUUCGAGACCACGUUGCGCCGCCAGUUCUGCGGCUACUGCGGCACCCAGCUCUCUCAGUGGCGAGAGGACGCACGCGACGACAGCAUCCAGAUCACGCUGGGCAGCAUCUUCGAGGAGGAUCUCGAACAGCUAGAGCAAGGGGGCGUGCUGCGUUUUGACGGCGCGGAAUCCGACAGCGACGACCCGGAGCGGAUGGAGAUCGAGGCCGCGAGAAGGUUCGCGCCCGUGGUGGGCACGCGGCACAGGGGCGCCUCGUGGUACGAGAGCCUGGUGCGGGAUACCCCGCUGGGCCAAGUAAGACGCCAGAAGGGCGGGCACAUGAGUCACGACGGCAGCGUAGAGGUGGAAUGGGAGGUUGUGGAGGUUUCGGCUGGAGGCGACGACGUUGAGGACGACGGUGAAGCUACCCCCGGCAAGCGCAAGAUUGGUGAGGUGGAAGAGCCGGAAGACCACGAGAUGAGAUCUUGAACGCGGAGCGGUAGGGUGACGAGAAACGACGGGACCGAACCGCGUCGUGAAGGGAAGAUUCUUUUUGUCGUGGAGCUGUGACUUCGCUGCCCCGACUACGUAAUCACCGAUAGAGGCGGGAGACCGCCACGAUCACUUCACCUGAGGCUAAGAAUGGACAUACAAAAUAUUUUGACGAGCGCUUAAACGAUGGUCUUUGGUCUUUGCGAGGAAACCGCCAACUCAUUUUUUUUUUACACCUUUAGAGCAGCACAGUUUAUGCUUUACGACAGUAAUUGAGCAUGGAGCAUAA